UACUGUGUUAUCCUUUUCUUUAGAGAGAGAAAAAGUGAUGAGUGGAGCGCUAGAGAGAGAGUACAGAGUGGGGGAGGAGGUUGGAAAGGGCAGGUACGGCGUCGUAUCGAGGUGCUACUCAGCCGCCACCGGGGAGUGCUUCGCCGUGAAGUCGAUCGACAAGCGCCUCAUCCAGUACGACGCUGUCGACAGCCAGUGCCUCCACAAUGAGGCCAAGCUCAUGCAACUCGUCUCGGGUCACCCGAAUGUGGUGGCCGUUUUCGAUGUUUACGAGGAUGAUCAGUUCCUGCAUGUUGUGCUGGAGUAUUGUGGGUCUGGGGAUCUCUUCGAGCGGAUUACUGCCCGCCCCGUUUUCGCUGAAUCCGAGGCUCGCCGAGUAAUGGUACCACUGAUGGAAGCCAUAGCACACUGCCACCGCCUCGGAGUGGCCCAUCGUGACAUAAAACCUGACAACAUUCUCUUCGACAGCUAUAAUGAGCUAAAACUUGCGGAUUUUGGCUCUGCUGAGUGUUUUGGCAAUGGACGGCUGAUGUCUGGAAUUGUUGGGACACCAUACUAUGUUGCUCCGGAGGUGGUGACUGGCAUGGACUACAAUGAAAAGGUUGAUGUGUGGAGUGCAGGUGUAAUUUUGUAUAUAAUGUUAGCCGGGAUCCCGCCUUUUUAUGGGGAGUCGGCAGGCGAGAUCUUUGAAAGCGUGCUUAGGGCUAAUCUUAGAUUCCCAAGGAGCAUCUUCAGCUCGGUCUCAUCGGAAGCUAAGGAUUUGCUGAGACGAAUGCUCUGCAAGGAUGCAUGGAGAAGGUUUUCAGCUGAUCAAGUCCUGAGACAUCCAUGGAUGACAAGCGGUGGAGACUCCAGACCAGUACCAGCAGCUCUUCUUGCUUGAUAAGAUCUUUAAACCGUAUAUAUAGAAAACUUGUACAGGCAUCCUUGUCCAUAUACUUACCUAGAUAACUAAGUAGUAUAUAUAACAUUCUGCACAAAGGUUUUGUACAAAGUUUGUGCAGAAAGCGGAGUUGAGUAUUGCGGUGCAGUAAUGGCAAGUGCCUUCCAGGCUAUGGAAGUGUCAAUACUAUCACUUGCCCUUUAGCCCUGCCUUUCUUCUUUUCUGUUUUGGUGAAAUGAAGAUAUUGGGGAGUAAGACCUUUUGUAAAUUUGGUAACUCUUCAUGUUUGGAAUGAAGUUGUUUUUGAUCGUGUAUUGGCUUUGCCCAAGUA